AGCCACUUUACCUAUAUAUAUAUAUAAAAACACAGGGGCUUUGUUAGAAAUUAAGGAAAGGAAAAUUUCCCCUUAAGGAAUUAGAAAUUAAAAAAACUUGGUCGGUCCAGCACUAGAAAUUAAGGAGUAGUAUGAGUUAUGAACCUCACGUUUCAGAUUUAGAAAGCAGCUACGACUCUUCUUCAUCAUCAGCUGCACCCUCCUCGCCAGGGCUCACUCAACCAGACCCAGGAGCCAAGAAGGCCAAGAGGAUCACCCGAGACAGCAGCAAGCACCCGGUCUACCGCGGGAUCCGGAUGCGAACCUCGGGCAAGUGGGUGUCCGAGAUCCGCGAGCCGGGGAAGAAAUCCCGCAUUUGGCUCGGCACGUUUCCCAAGGCGGAGAUGGCGGCCCGCGCGCACGACGCGGCCGCCAUGAGCCUCAAGGGGGACGGCGCCGUCCUCAACUUCCCCGAGUUGGCCGGGACCCUGCCCCAGCCGGCUUCGCUCUCGCCCCGUGACGUCCAGGCCGCCGCGGCGAUAGCGGCUAAGAUGAGCAAUCUCGACUCGGCCAAGAUGCUGAAGAAGCAGCCUUCGUCGGCGGCGGCGGCAUUGUUGUCGUUGGUUUGGGGGAUGGAGAUGUCGAGUUCUGAUGAGCUGUGUGAGAUCGUUGAGUUGCCGAGUUUGGUGACGAGUAACUCAGCCGAGUUGAACAGGGAGGUUGUGUACGUGGACUUGGUGGAUGGGUGGGUGUAUCCUCCGCCGCCGUGGAUGGACGGUGGCGAUGAUGACUGUGAGAUAGCGGAGGCGGAGACGGUAAUCAAAAGUAGUUUUGAGUCUGUGUUGUGGACUUAUGAUCAGUACUGAAAUUACUGUAUAUUAUGUAUCUAUGUUACAUAAUAUAUCUUUUUGUUUUAAUCUUUGGAUCCGAAGCCUCUCUAAUCCAAUAUUUGGACUGGACGAGACACGCCAUGCAUGGACCGUCAAUUGCUACAAUGAAUGGUUAAGUUUUCAAAAACUGUUCGAGGAAGGUGUUAACUGUCCCUCUUCCUUAGAAGAGUUUUUGAACAAAUCUAAAUUAUUAUUCCAAUGGACGGUCGCGAUAUGGACUAUCUCGUCCAAUCCAAACUUUUGGAUCGGAGAAGAUCGGGAUCCUAAUCUUUUCUCUUUUUUGCUUUCUUCUUUAGGAUUUGUUUGAGUAUUUGUUUGUAUCUUGUGGAAGGGAAAUGAGAAAACAAGGGAAACUUAAAAAAUUCCCUUUCCUUCUCCUUGUUUGGUUUGAGAAGAAAAUAAGAAUACAAUAAUAUAACUAUUUUUCCUU